CAGUAGUAGUCGUCGCCGUCGUCGUCGUCGUCGUCGCCCGGAUCGUCGCACGUAAUCGCACCAAGUCGGUACAAGGAUAAUCCGUCACGUUCGUUCGUUCGUUCGUUCAUCGCGUCGAGGAAUGAGCGAUCGGUGCCCGGUCGAUUCACGCGAGAGGACGACGAGAUCGUGGAUCGUCGCGUCGUCGGUGUCAACGGUGUGAGCGGUGUGUUUCGCCGACGGCGAGGAAGAGAAUCCACUUGGUUUUCUUCUCUUAUUCAUUUUUUAUUCGCGAUUGUCGCGUUGUUUCAACGUGCGGAGAGUGGAAAAAGGGCGGUUAAAACGCACCAAGUGUUGGUGACUAUGAGUGCGUGACGGUGCGAGCGUCUAUACUCGAGCACCCGCGCGACUAUCUUCCGGCCACAGGUGCGCGAUCAGCGAGACGGACCGGUCGUUCCGGGAUGGAUAGCCGUCGCGUCGUGGCGUCGCGACCGGCGAUCGUUUGGUCGACGAUCGUCGUCGUCGUCCUUUGCACGUUGCUGGAUACGGUGCACGGGCGUAGCAUCACGAGUCUCGAGGCGCCGAGCGGUUGCGAGUGGAGAAAGGACGACGGCGAAGACGGGGAGCAGGAGCUCGUCUGCGGAGUGAGAACGAUCGCGGACGUGCCCGGUCUCAUCGGCAAUCUCUCGACGAUACAAACGGACUCGGUGACGUCCCUGGGAUUGGAAUGCAGCGACGAGACGCUCUACGAGGGCCAGCUCGACGGCUUCCUGCCGUCGUUGCCGCGUCUCGCCAAGCUGCGCGUCGAUUCUUGCAAGAUCCGGUAUCUGCCGGGCGGCGUGUUCGCGUCGGUGCACAAUCUCCGAGGUUUAUCUCUGCGGACGCGCAACGGCGAUUUGUCGACUAUGACCCUGGAUCUGAAUCGCGACGCGCUCCGCGGCCUGACAAGCCUGCAGCAUCUCGAUCUCGCCGACAACAAUCUGUGGACGCUGCCGUCGGAGCUGCUCUGCCCGGUUCAACAGAGUCUCGCGUGGCUGAAUCUAACGCGCAACAAGUUACAGGACAUCAGGUCUCUCAAUUUCUCCGAUCUAACCAAGUCGUGCGCGAUCCUACUCGAGGUCCUCGAUAUCAGUAAUAACGACCUCAGUGCCUUGCUCGACGGCGCUCUCAGCAGCCUGCAUAGUUUGAGCGUGCUGAAGGUACAGGAGAACGCGAUCGCCGCCGUGGGCGAUCACGCUCUGGCCGGUCUCGAGUCCCUGCGUGUCCUCAACAUGUCCAGCAACCGACUCGUCGCAUUGCCACCCGAAUUGUUCGCCGAGACGAAGGAACUGCGAGAGCUGAUACUCAGCAACAAUUCCCUCGCGGUAUUAGCGCCCGAAUUGUUAGACAGUCUCGAGCAACUCCACGAUUUGGAUCUCAGCGGUAACGAGCUGACGAGCCACUGGGUGAAACGGGGAACCUUCUCGCAACUGAUUCGUCUCGUUAAUCUCGAUCUAUCGUUCAACGCCCUCACGAGGAUCGACGCGUACGUCUUCAAGCAUUUGACAAAUCUGCAGAUCCUGAAGCUCGAGCAUAACAAUAUCGACACGCUGCUCGACGGCUGUUUCGCCUCGCUCGUCAAUUUGCAUACGCUGACGUUGUCUCACAACAAGAUCGUCAGAUUCGAACCGGCGUACACGAUCGGCCCCGGCGCGCUUCAGCAGCUCUUCCUAGACAGCAACAGGCUGCGCAGCCUGCACAGACAUGUGUUCGCCAAUCUCACGGAUCUUCAGGAUCUUUCUCUGAGCGGGAACGCAUUGGCGGAGGUACCCUACGCGGUCCGUGUGUUGAGAUCGCUCAAGACCCUCGAUCUUGGCAACAAUCGCAUAUCGAGGAUCGACAACGACUCGUUCGCCGGCUUGAACGAGCUCUACGGAUUGCGAUUGGUAGACAACAAGCUGGAGAAUGUAUCGCGCGAGGCGUUCGCGUCCUUGCCGGCGUUGCAGGUACUCAAUUUGGCAAACAAUAUCAUUCGUCACGUAGAACAGAGCGCCUUUUCCGCUAAUUCGGUGUUGCGCGCCAUAAGAUUGGACGGAAAUAAAUUGACGGAGAUUCGCGGCGCCUUCACGAGUCUCUCGACUCUUGUCUGGCUGAACGUGUCAGAUAAUAAGUUGCUGUGGUUCGACUACAGUCAUCUACCGACCAGCAUAGAAUGGCUGGACAUACACGCCAAUCAGAUAAGCGAGCUAGGCGAUUACUACGUGCUGCGCAACACGUUGCGAAUAAAAAUGCUGGACGCCAGUUACAAUCUCAUCACCUCCAUCACGGAGGCAAACGUGCCGGACGGCGUGGAAACGCUGUUUCUGAACAACAAUCGAAUACGAAGCGUCGCGGCUGGUACGUUUCAACAGAAAUCAAAUCUCGACAAGGUGGUGCUUUAUGGCAACGAAAUCAGGAAUCUGGAGAUCGGCGCCCUGACUCUGCAAACAGUGCCGGACGACCGAAAGCUUCCUGCGUUUUACAUCGGUAAUAACCCCAUCCUCUGCGAUUGCACCAUGGAAUGGUUGCCGCGGAUCAACGAGAUGGCCCGGCCGCGGCAGCAUCCUCGCGUCAUGGAUCUCGACGCUGUCACGUGCGACAUGGUGCACGCACGCGCCACGCCGCGACGUCCGUUGCUCUCCCUGAAGUCCAAAGACUUUCUCUGCCGAUACGACGCACAUUGCUUCGCCCUCUGUCAUUGCUGCGACUUCGACGCGUGCGAUUGCGAGAUGACCUGUCCGGAUAAUUGUUCGUGCUAUCACGAUCACAGCUGGUCCAGCAACGUCGUCGAUUGCUCCAACGCCGGAUACAAGCGCGUGCCCGAGCGAUUGCCCAUGGACGCGACGGAGAUCUACCUGGACGGUAACGAGCUCGGCGAUCUCGGCAGCCAUGUUUUCAUCGGCAAACGUCGUUUGGAGGUACUGUAUCUCAACAACAGCGGUAUCGCCGCGAUACACAAUCGUACGUUCAACGGCGUCGAGGCGCUGCGCGUCCUCCAUCUCGAGGACAACGCGCUACGGGAACUGCGGGGCUUCGAGUUCGAUCAGCUCGAUCACAUGUCGGAACUGUAUCUAGAUCACAACGCCAUCGCUACGGUGGGUAACACGACCUUUAAGAAGAUGCAUAAUCUCAAGACGUUGCGACUCGACAGCAACCGCAUCGUCGAUUUUCGGCCGUGGGAGGCCUUGCCGAGCAUCGGCGGCGGUACGAGAGUCGCGCUCGAGGGUAACGCCUGGAGUUGCGAGUGCGGGAAUGCCGCUCGAUUACGCGCCUGGCUCGCGGAGCAUCGCGGCGAUCCGGACAAGAUGUACUGCCGCGACGGCGUCGAGACCCUCGCCCAGGCUAUGGUGCGAUGCGGCGACCCGUCCACGGAGGCUGUGAGUCGCGGUAUCCAGGAGAUCCCGCUGUUAGGCAGUAACUUUGUGCCAUUGCUCGCUGGUGCGCUGGUAGCCGUAAUCGCCAUUUGUCUGUUCGUCGCCUUGGCCUUCGUCUUUCGUCAGGAUGUACGGCUCUGGGCCCACGCGCGUUACGGUCUACGGCUCGGCAAAAUGGCGACGCCGCCCGACGAAGAGAGGGACCGACUAUACGAUGGCUACAUCGUCUACAGCGAACGCGACGAGGACUUUGUCUCCAGAUUCCUCGCGGCCGAGCUGGAGCAGGCCGGCCUGGCGCUUUGCUUACACUGGCGUGACCUGCCGCCGGCCAGACCGCAGGAGGCGCUGCCGCCAGCCGCGGCCGCCGCCAGGCGCAUCGUCAUCAUCUUCUCGCCGGUAUUCCUGGCGAACGAGUGGCAGCACGUCGAGUUUCGCGCCGCUUUGAGAACCGCGCUGGAGAACAUCAGGCCGGCGUCGCGGAAGCGCCGAGUGUUGAUCCUGUUGGCCACCGAGACGCCUACCCGGGACCCGGAGUUGCAGCUGCUGCUGCAGACGUGCACGGUGGUGGUCUGGGGCGAAAAGAGGUUCUGGGAGAAGCUUAGAUUCGCCAUGCCGGACUCGGUCGACAAGCGGCAGCGCGACAGCAAGAAGGUCAACGACCGCAAUCGCACGCCGACACGAUACACCGCGGCGCCGUCCGUCGCCGUGGACGUGUGGACCAAGCCCAAUGGCGUCCUGGUCGCGCCGGUGCAUCACGCGCCCACGCCGACGCCCACGCAGUCCACCUACGUCAGCUCGGCGUCCAGCCGCACCGAGGACGAGGACAGCGGCGCGGAGCAUCAGCACCAUCAGCACCAUCCGCAUCAUCAGCACGGUUACAGUACGCUUCACGCCGGUAACGGCCGGCCGGCCAGUCUCUUCUCCAGGGGCAGUCAUCUAUACAGCACGAUACCGGAACCGCCGGUGGUGCCCACCGCGCCUCCCGGGGAGGCCCUCGCCCCGGCGCAUCCAGGCAAUCCGCGUACUUACUUCGUCUAGCGCAGAAGGGCGGCGAUCGUGCUCCGAUCCGGCAGGAGAUAGACCGCAAAUCUCGCUCUCUUCCCCUCUAUCUUCCACUUUUCCGGUCGUCUCGUUUCCGGUACCCGCUGAGAUGCGAUCGCCCGGCCGUGUCGCGACGAGUUCUCUCGUUCUCGCGAGGAAAUCGGAAUGUAAAAAAUUUCUCAGCUCGUCAGGAUGUACGGCCGAACUUGUAUAGCGUAUUUCCCGGUAUUACUCGGUCGUCGCUCAGCUAACGCUGAGGAGACGCUUCUGCAUCUCGAUCGAAUCGAUCGAAAUGUGAAUCGCUCGACGCUGCCGUUUGACGACGGCAUUUCCCGGGAUCAAACGGGUGAUCCGAACGCGCGCGAUACGCGCGCCUAGUAUUAUAUACGUAAACGAAAUUGAUUCGAUGCCUUGUGCUUAUUAUCAAUGUAACGACGAUGUAGAUUUAACGGCUUGUGACCUUUCCUUUUCGAAAAACGAGACGAGACGCGAUAGUCGCUCUUCAUUCCAUUCUCGCGGUAUCUACUUUUUCAUAUCGUUGCGCAACGUUCUUCCAAGUCACGACCAAAUACUUACCACGUUUCGAACUUCUUGCUCGCAGAACUCGCGAGUUUCGACGACGCGGUUUGCUUUCCUCUCGUUUAAGUCUUAUAAAUAAUGACGCGAUAUCGAUGAGAAUCUAGAUUCUACAUUUCUGCGUUUUUAUUUUUACUUAUAACGAGCGAGCCUUAUAGUCUCGCACGUAUAGUUAAGGUACGACUAUUAGUUCACUUUUGUACAUACAUAUCUCUAUCAUUCUAAUAAAUUUUCGCGCGAAUCUCCUGCGCGCGUCCCUUCGUUGAUUAAUUUAUUUCGUCAAAUCAUGAUAAAUCGUCGAGACCCGAAAGCGGGUCGCGAUCGAGCGAAUUUUGUUUCAUCGCGAUCGAUGGAUAUCUAAUUUAAAGUCAUUUUGCCAUUCAAUCCCUUUCGCAAGCGAGUUCUUUCGUUUAGAAUCGUGCUGUUUCGAUUUGCAUUAAUUGGCAUAACUGUCCGCAAAUUCACCAAUAGGAUUAUUUGUUGUGGCUUGCACAAAUACGAUGAAUUACAUAUACACCUGUGAAUAACGAUGAUAAUGAUGAUGAGUGAAUGUAUCCGGCAGCUGACGCACAACGCGAUCAUUUUGCGAAUAUUAAUUAUUUUCUUUUUGUUCCUAAAGCAUCUUUUUCAUAACAAACAGCAUACGCGAAACGAUUGCAACAACAAUAUCAGAACGGUAUUACAAAGGAUAAAAAAGAGUAAAAAGUGUUCUCUUUAUCUAAAUAUUUAUUUCAAAUACGCUUGGAUGGACGCAUUUAUUUUAUAUCCUACACGUGAUACUUUAUAUUGUUAUUUUAUUAGCGAUAUAACGGUAUUAUAUGCGUUUGACAACUUAAUUGCGAAUAUUUAUAUCUUUUUUUUUUUUUUUGUCAAUGCUCGAAUAACAUUACGCGCGAGAGAAGCGAAGCAAUACAUACAUACGUGCACAAUAUAUACGAAUAUUGUAUUUUUCGUCGCUUUUCAGUUCACAUCCAUUUGAUUUUUAAAUGGGCAUCGAAAUAUCGAAGGAAUCAUGUUUAUAUGGUAGAGAUUGCGAGCCGCAAAACGUACGUGAAACAUUGUCGAGUAAUAAUUUCCAACAGUUAAAAUGUGAAGAUAGCGCACGUGUACGAAAAUAUAUUUUCUCUCGUAUUAUAGGACUCAAAAUUUUACGAUAAAGUUCCUCGCGCACACUGACACUUCUUUGGAACCGGCCCGAGGUGCAUCAUCCUAUGCCACUCUUGUCGUUCGCUCGUCGAUCGCCCGUCACGGGAUUGACAGCGAAUCGUCAAGUGUUAAAUGACAGAAAGGAAACAAGCAGACGCCUCGUGAGAGUUUGUUCCUAAAGAUUCACGACUGUCUUGAUAAAGUAACGGUCGCAUAACGCUUAUUAGUCAGUAAGUGAACUCUCUGUAAAUAUUGUAUCUAAUUUUGUAAAUAUUCAUGCACAUUUCCGAGCACACACAUACACACACAUACAUACACCUACACACACACACAAACACAUCCCAAAGACCAGCGCUGCGUACGUUACUGGUCGUGGAUACGUCUGAGCUAUAAUCGCGCGUUUAGGAGUGUAUAAUUCUAAUUAAUAUUAUAUUGUUGUAAAUACGCUCAUCGGAAUCACACGCAUUAUAUAUUCACAGCCUGUUAAAUACGUAUUAAAUUAAUUGCAACUUUCCAUUUCAGCAAAGAACCAUGAAAAUAAACACGUUUGUUUUAUAAAAAAAAAAAAAAA